UUUCUCCCGGCGGAAGUAGACAGACGCAAAUUGGGAGCUGUUGGUCAGGGCGUAGUUAUCCUGAAAUUUUGGAAAAUUGUAGAAAGUCAUUUAUUUUCUCCUCAAUAACAUAUCUGGAAACACGUUCUAAUAAUCACAUUCUUCUAAAGUGAUAACCGACUCGGUGGUUUUUGUUUUGUGAAUGAGAGAAUUCGUUUGCUAGCUAGCUCUAACCUUGUUAGCAUAGCGUAUACAUCCAACGGAAUUCUGCAGAGAAACAACUUCAAAUUGUCUAAAUUCUGGAAACAUGGAGUCAUUGAAAAAUGCGCUCCGUUAAGUUUUGUGGAUGUUUGCAACCCCAAAUGAGAUUUACAAGAAACGAUUCCUUAGCUCGUAUGGACUUCAUAUUCGAUGGGGCACCUUUUACAUUUGUUGGACAGCGUGUUUUUGUGAUUUCGUGUUUUUGGGAAUGACAUCCAGGAUUGUCGGAGCACACGAAACAAAGUUUUGUAGCUAGUGAAAGAGAGUUGAGAAUCUGUUUUCGUUGCUAGAUAUAGCUGUAUAGUAGUUGGCCACCGUUGUUAGCCGAGACUCUGCAGCAAUUGACUGUAGCUGCUAAUGCAUUCAGUCGGCUGAAUUACAACGAUUUACUUUGUUUCGUUGCUAACUAUCAAUCUUAACACUUUUAAGGAAAACGUCGGACACGUUUCGAGUCGACUGGGGGAAAAGGCGUCCCGUUUCCACUCCCUGGAGCUAACUAACCGCUAGCUAACGUUGUAAUCUGGCUAGCUUCAGUUCAAGCUAACUGAACACAUUUAGACGGGCACAUUGGCUAGCAAGCUAAAUAGCGUAAUAGCUAGGGGGUAAAUACGAAUGCUAUAGCUAGCUAAUCAAGCUAAGAAUAUUACCUAGUUCAUGUUGAUUCAAUAAUUACUAACUAGUUAGCUAAUUCACAACACGGGUUUCAACUCAGACUUGUCAGUUUUUUAGAAAUUCUCCUGGUCACGAGGGGCUGCUCGUCCGCGGAUAAAGGCAAACCUGGAGUCUGGGAACACCAAAUGGGACUGACUCGAUUUUCAACAUCUUUCAACAACAAAAAAAGGCAGUCGGACUAUUAUUACACCAGGCCAGGUUAACUGGUUGUAUUUCCUAUAGGGUUUUACAUCUGACAAAAGUGUGAUGCGAACCAUUUCGAUUGACGUCAAAGGAUUCGUACAUGGAGAUAGAUGCAGACCGAGUGAAAGUGGAGGCUGUAUCAAUAUUUUCCAACGGAACACAUUGUCAAUAGGAACAUCCCUGACCACGGUGUCUUCUGCGAAAAGGUGGAGAGCUGUAAGACGAGGAGUGAUUAGAGCAUCUCCUCAACACAGACGGAUGUUAGGGAAGGACUUCAAAGAGACUCUUAUCAUACUUUGGAAAAUGAUAAUUGGAUAUAAAUCAAAGCAAAUCUAGAAACGGAAGCCCAAUGAGCGACACACAGUCCAGUAUCACUGAUAGGUUUCCCAAUAAAGCAAACAGAAGCAGUAGCAUUCUCAGUAAAGACCACCCCCCUGACAAGAAACCCAAAAGUGAUAAACCGUCAGUCUCCGCUUCACAUGAGUUUGACCCUACAGACGUUCUGGUGCAGAAGAGUGACUGUGUUCUAGCGGAGGGAAAGCCCGAGUCCUGUGGGCUUGUCCAGCGAUGUGUGAUCAUUCAGAAAGAUGAGAAUGGCUUUGGGCUGACGGUGAGCGGAGACAACCCUGUGUUUGUGCAGCUCGUCAAAGAGGAUGGUGCUGCAGAGCGUGCGGGUGUACAGACAGGUGACCGGAUCAUCAAGGUGAACGGGACCCUAGUAACACAUUCAAACCACGUGGAAGUAGUAAAGCUCAUAAAAUCGGGUUCCUAUGUGGCCCUCACAGUGUUGGGGCGACCCCCUGGGUUGCCCCAGAUCCCCCUUUUGGAGGGCGAGGCUAAGGUGGUGUUCCUGGGGGCCCACACAGGGUCGUCCUCUGUCACCUCUCCAAACUCCCCUGGACAGCCAAUGGGGGAGCGACCAUACAGCCCCCAUGACCGCAUCACCUCUCCUCUACCGAUAUGGGAAGAGAACAACAGCGUACACAACCAAAAGGUGCACAUUCUGCAGAAGAUGUUGUCCAAAGAGCAAGAAGAUUUGCAGGCAAUGAAGGAGGAGUACAGCAGGAAUCCGACGCCCAAACUACUGAAGGACAUCCAGGAAGCCAAGAAGCACAUUCCACAGCUGCAGGGGCAGCUUAGUAAGGCCACUCGGGGAGCACAGGAUGCCCUGCGAUUGGGUGAUGGAGAUGAUGGAAGCAUGGUAGACAUGGACCACACACCUUCCUCCAGUAGCCAUGAACUCUCAUGGAGCAGCAGUAUGAUGUCCCCUAUUCUCCGUGGUUUUGCAUCUGCCUCCCCGGAGAGCCUGUGCCAAAGAGACUUGUUGUCCUACCACAGCCCAAAGAGCACGCCCCGAGACAGCUUCAACUCCUGCCACUCCCCCGACCCAGAAGACACUCCAGACCUGGACUCCCUGUCCCCCUCCACUGUUAGCAGCCCCUCCUCACGCUACGUCUCCCAGAUCAUCGGAGCUGAGGACGACUACUUUGACUCUGAUCAGGAACAGGUCAAUGGCCAGUGCAGCUGUUUCCAGAGCAUGGAGCUGCUCAAGUCCAGACCUGCCCACCUGGCAGCGUUCCUGCAUCAUGUCGUCUCCCAGUUUGACCCUGCACCGCUGCUCUGCUACCUCUACGCUGACCUGUGCAAGCAGACCAACUCCAAAGAAACCAGACGGGUGUUCAUGGACUUCCACAACUUCUUCAUCGACCGGGGAGCUAAUUUAAAAGUAGCUGUUCCCGAGUCCCUAUCCUCUGACCUUGACCGGAGGAGGACGGAGCUGAUCCCUGAGGAGCUGAACAGACAGUACGUCCAGAUGGUGCAGGACACCCAGCUCCCUGACAUCCAGAGGAACCUGGAGGACUUUAGGCAGAAGCGCAGCAUGGGCCUAACCCUGGCGGAGGGGGAGCUGGCCCGGCUGGACACGGAGCGCGUCAGAGACCGGGUAGCACUGGAGAGAGAACGUGCUUGUGCUGAAAACAUCAUCACCAAGAUAGAGGAUGUUCUGUUGACAACUCAAUCCACAGAGGAGGAGAAAUGCACUACUAUGCAGUAUGUCAUCCUCACGUACAUGAAGCACCUUGGCGUGAAAGUCAAAGAGCCACGCGGCCUUGAGUCCAAAUGGGUCCGCAUCAACUUCCUCCCCAAGAUCAAGAAGAGCAUCAAGACCGAGAAGGAGGGAGGGGAGGAGAAGGUAAAACGCACCAGGUUUCCCAGCAUCCUCGGGCCUCCUCGCCGGCCCAGCCGAGUCGACCCCACAUCCGUUGGCAAGGCCAUGGACCUCAACAAGCCACGGCCCCAGAAGCAGCUGUCCCAGCCCUGCCUGGAGCACCUGGAGGCGGGUCGCUUGAGGGCCAGUCAGUCCAGCGAGGGCUCAGAGCUCAUACAUUCCUCCCCGACCAACGCCACCUCGCCAACCAACAGCACCACCAACAACAACGCCUCUGACGGAGGCAGCAGAGACUCUGAGUUUGUUGGGACCCCUAACUCUGCCUUCCCCAAACUGAGCGAGGGUCUUGGAGACCUGGACAGUCUAGAGUACACUCCAAACACACAUUUUGACUACAGCCUGAGCCCCUAUAGCCUGGACCAACUACAGGAGGAGGACAGGGAGAGUGGAAUUCUUGAAGGAACACCCAAGGCUAUCAGAAGGUUGGAUGGCCUUGGUUCUACAGAGGUGCAGAGUGAAGACGACCAAGGAGGCACUGACUCCGAGCAUGACCCCCUCAACUGGCAGCAGCUGGUGGGACGAGAGGUCCUGGCCGGGCUCCAGCCCCACGAGAUCAAGAGACAGGAAGUCAUUAACGAGCUGUUCUACACUGAGAGGGCCCACCUGCGGAUGCUCAAAGUGCUGGACAACAUCUUCUACCAGAAGCUCACCAGAGAGGGCAUACUGCCUCCUGCCGACAUCAAGAACAUCUUCACCAACCUGGAGGACAUUGUUCAACUGCAUGUUUGGAUAUCUGAACAAAUGGUAACAAUUCGGAAAAGGAAUGAGACGUCCGUAAUCGACCAAAUAGGAGACGACUUGCUGUCCUGGUUCAGCAGGGGCGAGGAGGAGAAGAUCAAGCAGGCGGUGGGCACAUUCUGCAGCAACCAGCCCUUCGCUCUGGAGCUCAUCAAGAGCAGGCAGAAGAAGGACUCGCGCUUCACCUCCUUCAUGCAGGAGGCUGAGAGUAACCGACUAUGUCGAAGACUCCAACUGAAGGACAUCAUUCCCGUGGAGAUGCAGAGGCUCACCAAGUACCCUCUUCUACUGGAGAACAUCGCCAAGUACACAGAUGACACCGUGGAGAAAGAUAAGGUAAAGAAGGCGGGCGACUGCUGCAGGAAGAUCCUCAAUCAUGUCAACCAAGCGGUGAAGGAGUCUGAAAACAAGCAGAGGCUGGAGGACUACCAGAGGCGGUUAGACCUCUCGUCUCUGAAGCAGACAGAGAACCCCAUGAUUUCAGAGCUCAAGAACCUGGACCUGACCAAGAAGAAGAUGGUCCAUGAGGGACCACUGUCAUGGAAGGUCAACAAGGACAAGACUAUUGAGCUGUACACCCUGCUCCUGGAGGACAUCCUGGUGCUGCUGCAGAAACAGGACGAGCGGCUCAUCCUCAAGUGCCAUAGCAAAAACCUGUCUGGCACCGCCGACACCAAGCACAUCUUCAGCCCCAUCAUCAAGCUCAACGCGGUGCUGGUGCGCUCUGUGGCCACAGACAACAAGUCGUUCUUUGUUCUCUCAAUGUCGGACAACGGGGCCCAAAUCUACGAGCUGAUGGCCCAGACUGUAUCAGAGCAGAGAAUGUGGCAGCGGCAGAUCACCCAGAGAGCGGACGCCAUGAAAGUGAAGCCGAACAGUGUCAUCCCCUUACCUCAAACGGAUAGAGAGAGAGACGGUGUGGAGAUCAUCACUGCAGGCAUAGCCCAACUCAGUAAGGACCCGGACCGCAUCUCCUCUGGAAGCAGCCAGUCUAUAGACAAAGAGGGCUGCGCUGCCUCUGGAGGCGAGAUGCAGACCUCUCUCCCAGAUGCCAACCCAUUUGAAGGACUCAAGCCGGAAGAGGAGGAGCCCAACCGGGAUGAGGGGCUUUACGGGGACCCGGACCUUGCAGAUAGGCUGCCCUUCCGCAUGGCCGUAGAAGGGCUCAGCGAAUCGGACAGUGUGGGCUUCAGUCCUUCGAGAGCUGACGAUGCCUUAAAGACAUUGUCAGCGCUGAAGCAAGUCCUUGUGACCCAGCUCAUGUCACAGGAGGACGGCGAAGCCGCCGGGCGCUCCUCUUCGGGGGGCGGGCGUCUUCUCAGGACCACGUCCCUGAGGACCCCCGUGGACAGCCGGGCCCGGUUGGCGGUUCAGAACGGCUCAGGGAGGUGCACCCAGGCAAGCCACCCUGAGGACCCGGCUCAGGACCUGGUGUCUGGGGACACGGGCUUCUUUGAGUCCCCUGAGGAUUAUGCAGGGUACUUGGUCUUGGAGGGCUACGGGGGCUCGGGGGAGAGCAGCACGGACGACGACCUCCAGGCCACGGGGAAGCAGCUGAGCGCCUCGCGGGGCUGCGGGGCAGGAGACUCUGGGAUCAGCCUAAGAUUCUCCUCUGCCUCACAGGCAGGCAGCAUCUCCAGCUUCAGCCGACAGGUCCUGUCCCACAUCCGCAACCUGCAGACCAACCUCAACCACCUCAAGGAGGUAGAGGCCAAGUAUCACAGUCUACUACGCCAAAGGCCGGCCAGGUCAUCGACAGACAUGGAUGAUAACAAAGAUAAGAGAUAGUCACGGAAAUCCCACCCCUCCCCGGCCCCUGCAUCAGGCCGUAAGGGAGGACGUGAAGAUGGAAGAGUUGAUUUCUGCCUCCCUGCUGUCUCGUUGACCUGGAAGUCCUCUAUUAGCUUGUCCAUUCAACUGCUGAGUACCCUCUUCCUCCUCCCACCGUGGUUCUCCCCGAGAGACUGAGCAUGAGCGAGAGACAGUUGGAGGAAGGGUGGUUUCUUUGGAUCCCCCCGCCCCCCUGCUCCAUCCGUCAGCACAAGGCAAUCAAGGUAGAGGGACUGUCCCGAACCUGCCCCCCUCCACUGCUUCGUGUCCCCACUUCAAUGGCGGUGGGUCGCCCAGUGUCUCCCCUCCUUUCUCUCUACUCCUAGUCAUCCCUGCAAGAAAGAACUAUACCAAAAUGUACAAAGCUGUGUGUUUAGGAUAUAUAUUAUACACAAAAAAAAGCGAGAAGAAAAAGGAACAUUUUAAAAUAAUGUAUUACAUUUUUUUGUUUUUAAUCCCAAGAUGUAUUUAUUUUCUCUUGUGUUUUCCCAUGUUGCUUGCAUGCUUUUUUUUGGCCAUUUGGACCUCCUUUUAGGCUGCUCCACCCACGUCGGUGCACACGCUAUCCUUAAUGAACACAGGAAGAAUAUGCUUGGACUGAGAGGGCAUAGAGUUGCACUUUGCGUGGAGCCCCCAUAGGAUGGCAUUUAAGCAGCAUGCCAAAGUCAGGGGCUCUGCCCUGGUCCUCUGCAUUUCUACACCUGGCUAAAACUCACCCCCCCCCACUCCCGUUGGUAAUAAUGCCUGUUUUCCCCCUCUGUGCUGCCCAUGCUACUGCUGAUGUGCCAGUGAUCUGACAAUUCUAGCUGAUAAUGUCACAAAGUUCACACAUUUAUAAAUGAUCAAGUUGGAAGGUUAUGCAUAACUUUAAUAAAAAAUGCCAUGACAUUUCUAAAACUUAA